AUGACGGCUGUGCAUGGUGGUGGCAAGCGAGUUGGGCGGCGCGAGGGAUGUAUGCGUGCCGUAGUUUCUACUGUACGAACUGUGAGGCGGCGGUGGUGUCAGAUGCGUGUACGAGUAGGACUUAUACGCGUGUAUGCGGUGCGUGGGGCUGGAGUGCCUGCAAGUGUGGGCGCGGGGUCUUCCUCACCUGCCACGCGCUCUAUGUCCCACCGUGGUGUAGUUAUUGACGUCUUGCCCGGGUGUGUUCUUCUGUUUACCUUCUCUCCCCCGCUUUGUGCCCGUUCUCUUACCUGCAGAGCCCCACUGGUUGUAGGAGUUGCGAAGGUUCUGCAGAGCAAAGACGCGGAGGAAACCACAGCGUCCACACAGACUUGA